AUGGCUGCGACAAAUCCGGCGCCGGCAACUGAUCGAUCUCUUAGCCAAACACAAAUCAAGGCUCAUAUCCCUAUCACCCUUGAUAUGAAUCAGAUGAACUAUGAUAUAUGGCGUGAGUUGUUUGAGACCCAUUGUCAUAGCUUCUCUGUUUUGGGUCAUCUCGAUGGUACCACCACCGCCGAGGGUCCCGAGGAUACCACAUGGUCUCAAACUGACGGCACCAUCAAGAUGUGGAUCUACGGUACCAUCUCCGAAUCUCUCCUCAAAUCCGUGCUUAAAACAAAGUGUACCGCAUCGGAGCUUUGGAAAUCGAUUGAGGAUCUGUUUCGCGACAACAAAGAGGCUCGUGCCAUCCAACUCGAUAACGAACUCCGUCAGCUACGGAUUGGCGACUUACCGGUCCAUGACUAUUGCCAGAAACUAAAAACGAUCUCCGAUCUCCUGGCGAACGUUGAAUCUCCCGUUACGGACAGACAGCUGGUCAUGCACCUUCUCAAUGGACUCAGCUCCAAGUUUGAUAACAUUAUCAACGUUAUCAACCAUCGCUCUCCACCAUGUACUUUCAGUAUCGCUCGAUCGAUGCUUAAAGAUGAAGAAGACAGGCUGAGCACCAAAAGGCAAACUGAAGCGUCACACCAUGAUAAUGCUUCUUCUCCCCAGAUUCUCAUGGCCUCCGCUCCACCAGCGUACGAAGCUCCUCCGCGAUCCAACUCAGGUUCCUCCAAUCACCAAUUCCAACAGAACAGAGGAAAUCGUAGCUAUCGCGGCAGCAGAGGUGGUCGGAACUCUAAGGGUCGUGGAAUUUCACAUUGGUCGGGAAGCAAUUGGCAAUCUGGGCCACCUCCACCGUGGGCCUGGCCUACUCCUCCUCAAUGGCCAAUGGGCUCUCCCUGGCCCAAUAACCAACAAUGGCCCAGUCAGCCUCAAUGGCAACCUCAGUGGCCCAUGCCUUGGUCAAAUGCGUAUCCAAGUUACGCAUCACGACCUCCGGCGACACCGCCGCCGUCUUCAAGCAAUCUUGGAUCCGCUCCAAGAGCAGCGUAUGUUACGACGCACAACGCCUCUGCUCCUCCAACGUCAGACCCGUCUUCUGACCUAAUCCCGACGGUGCUCACCAAUGCAUUCAACACCAUGGCUGUCUCUGAUCCCGGCGAUGCUGGAUGGUACAUGGAUACAGGCGCAACCGCUCAUCUCACGGCACAACCUGGUAAUAUUUCUUCUAUUACUUCUCAGGCACCUUUGCCUCUCAUCACAGUAGGAUCUUCAUACCCGAAUACCGCUAAUCCGAUGUAA